CUGUUCACUGAGUGCACUGUUCACAACUUGGUGCUUUGAUGCCUUGUCCUGAUCAUGGCGAAUGCCGCUCUUGUGGGCAUGUGCGGGAACUUCCUGCGCCACAUGGAUCGCCAAGAAGGUGUUCAGCUUGCGCAACUCUUUGACAUGGGCAGUGGACGGCUGCCCUUGCGCGAGAUCGGCCGCUGCGAGAACUUGGAGGUGGGGAGCUCGCUUGCUGUCAAACUCUACACUUUCUGUACCAAACUCCAGGAGCUCGCCAAGAAGUAUGCUGGUGAGAGCCACGAGGUCCUCUCUCUCUACUUGCUGAGUCUCCAAGCCCAUGUCCGCAGUGAAGCUGUGCGACAUUUGGAACUGGUCUGCACCUGUCUGAAAAGUUGGGUCCACAGGUAUGUCGAGGCUGAGGGCAGUGGGCUUUGGAUGAUGCCCCUUAUGCUCCAGUUCACCGCAGUGGCGCGCAAAGCUGCCAACCAACUGGACCAGGCCAAGAAAUCCGAGCGGGCUGAGCGCCAGCACCAGGAAAACAAUGCCUAUUUGAAGCAGUUGGUGGCGCUCUACAGGAAAUUCUUCAACACGUUGAACAAGGAGCGAGCCAAGCGAGCAGGGCAUGUUUGGAUUUGCUGUGAAUUGCUCCGCGCUUACUUCAAGCUGCAGCAAGUGUCACAGUGCUCCUUUACGCUGACAACUGUGACACAGUCUAUGCAAAAGGAUGGCUUCAGUCCCACAGACCUUCCAAAGGCAAUUUGUGUCACUUUCUACUUCUUCUGGGGUAAAUAUUUGGUCUUUGAUCACAACCUCCAGGGGGCUGACGAGAAGCUCACAUGGGCCUUCAACAACUGUCCAGAGAGG